AUGAACAAAACUCAUCCUCAGAGAAAUGGUGAUGUGGCUGAUUUUGGUUCAACAGAGUCCUCUGGAGAAAGAGGCCCUUCCUCAGUCCCUCAGCUCUCUCUCUUGCCUCCCCCAGGCCGCUGCCAUCCGUGUGGUGCCCGCACUGGCUGCACACAGAGACACCUCUGCAUCUCUGCCGUGCUGCUGCUCAUCCUCACAGCCGCCCUGGCCUUGGGGGUGGCACUGGCACUCCUGCCACGGGCACCAGUGAGCCGCUUCUGCACAGCCCCUAAUAACAAGACAGGCUUCUUGUGUGAUGACAGAGUGACCUGUGUCCCAGCCAGCUGGGUCUGUGACAGGGUCAGCAACUGCAGGAAUGGAGAGGAUGAGCAGGAGCAGCUCUGUGGUGACUUGCCCCACAGCCUCCCAGGGUACCUGGUUUUCUACUGCAGUAACCCCAGAUCCUGGGUUUAUGCUGACCAGAGGUGUGACAGGAUGAACGACUGCGGGGACUGCUCUGAUGAGACGUGGAGCUUGGCUGCCUGCCCCCCGUGUGGGCAGGAGUGGUGGAGCUGCAGCCCUGUGCACUACGAGUUCUGCUCCUGCAUCCCCAGGAGGCUGUGCCGGGAUGGCAUCCAGCACUGCCUGGGCUGGUCCGACGAGUUCGUCUGCACAGCCUGAAUCCUGUGCCCAUCCCUGCUGGGGACAGCAGGGCACUUCCCACACGUCACCCUGGAGCCUUGGGCUCCUGCCCUGCCACCCCCUUGGGAAGCCCCAGCCCAAGGAAAUGGUCCCAGCAGGGCCCAGGGGUGCGUGGCAGCCCUUGGCUGGACACUGGCUGUGGGACAGCUGCCAGGAGUCUGCUGCCACGAGAAGGUGACGCUUCCUGCACGGGCAGCACUGACUUGGUGCCACGCUGGAGACGCUUCACCAGGCACUGCUGGCACAGCCCUGGGCCAGGGGAUUCUCCUCUGCCCACCCUGGGACCAGAGUGAGCCACGGGAGGGACACUGAAAACCGCCCCGAGCAGCAGGAGCUGAGUGAGGUGAGCCUCCAACACAUCUCCAUCAUCCUGAUCUUCACUGGCAGGAGGAGAAGCUUCUAUUUGUGUUCAGAGCACAUCUGCAAUGUGUUCUUUUUUGUUUCAGCAGUGACUUUGAGGGCUCUGUGUGGAUGCUCCCAGGACACUUCCUUGGGAAUGCUGUGCUGGGAGUGACACCGUGAGGAGCUGCUGCUCAGGCCACCUCCUGCUCCCUUCUCAAACCAUGAGGGCCAACACAGAGAGCGUAAUGACAUGGAAAACUGGAGAAGUUUCAGGGUUUUGGGGGAUAAAUCAUGUCCCUGUGACAGCCAGGGCAGGGAACUAGCAUGUAAAUAACCUGCUCUUCACUCAGGGCUGUGCAGUUUUGCAGCAGCAGGUUGAGAACAGCCAUGGAGAUGGGAUAGGUCUCACUGAAGUUGGCAAAGAAAGGAGGAAUAAGAAGUCUCAGCCUUGGAGCAGAGAGCAGCAGAAAAUCAACUGCUGCUCCCAGGGUGGUGUGGGAUGACACUGGAUCUGUUUGCUCCUUGUUUUGUUUCUCUGCCAGCACGGCAGGGUCAGGCAGUCAAGCCUUCGAAGCAGUCCGCAGGAUAUAGGUAUGGACAUGACACUGACAUUUAAGAAAGCUGAGGUUUUCUCUGCUCCUUUGAAAAUCUCAUCUGUGUCUAAAAUAUCGAGGAAAACCCCACAUUUACAGUGAGUACUCUUACUUUUCUGGGCCCAAAAUAAACAUGAGGUGAUCUUUUUCCCAUUGCCACCCCAGGUCACAGAUAUUUAAAAAUAAACCCCUGUUCACUCA